GCCGGAGUUUAUGCCAAACACCUCGCGUUACUCAGUGUCAGUGUUGCACGUGCGCACGUGUUUUCUUGAUUGUAAACAAUUGACAACAAUUGUUAAAAAAUCGACCUUAAGUCUAUGUAUAUAAACACAAUGUCCAUGGAGUCCGAAGAGAUGGAUUGUCAGGCUGAGAUGGACCAGGACGACGCGAGUGAGGACAGCUCAAUGGACGACGAAGAGGAAGACGAGCCCACCGACCCCACAGACACAAAAGACUCGAAGCCAGAGGUAUAUCUCCCAGGAAAGUCCCUGGAGAAGGGAGAGGAGCUCGUGGUGGACAUGUCUGCCUACAGAAUGCUGCACCAAGCACAGACAGGUGCCCCAUGCCUGAGCUUCGAUAUUAUCAGAGACGACCUGGGGAAUGGUAGAGAGGAGUAUCCCCUGUCCAUGUACCUAGUAGCAGGCACCCAGGCAGCCAGAGCCCACGUCAACAGUCUCCUAGUCAUGAAAAUGACGGAUUUGAACAAAACAAAAGCCAACGAUCACGACGACGAUGAAGAUGAGGACGAUGACGAUGAUGACGACGAUGAUGAGAAGAACUCUCCGAAGAUGAGUGUCGCCUCGAUAAAGCACCAGGGGUGUGUCAACAGGGUGAGGUGCACACAAGUGGGAGAGGCGACGUUGGUGGCCAGCUGGAGUGAACUGGGGAGAGUUGGUAUCUGGAAUAUUGAAGAACAGCUGAGAGCUGUGAACAAUUCCACGACACUGGCAGCCUACAACAAGCAGGAGAAGGCGACAGACGCUGUAUUCACGUUCAAAGGACACCUCUCCGAGGGAUUUGGCAUCGACUGGUGCCCAACUGAGCCCGGAACACUGGCCACUGGAGAUUGCAAGGGAAAUAUUCACCUGUGGAAACAUGUGGCUGGAAGCUGGCAUGUGGAUCAGCGCAGCUUCAAUUCUCAUGCUCCACACAGUGUGGAGGAUCUCCAGUGGUCACCCAACGAGAGGAGUGUACUGGCUUCCUGUUCGGUGGAUAAGAGCAUAAAAAUAUGGGAUACGCGAGCAAGUCCCCAGUCCGCGUGCAUGCUGACAGCAGCCAAUAGUCACGCAGCAGACGUCAACGUCAUCUCCUGGAAUAAGAAAGAGCCACGUUUUCUGGUGUCAGGUGGUGACGAUGGUGCAGUUAAAAUCUGGGAUCUGAGACAAUUUGGGUCUAGCUCCAGCAAUGCGAUAGCCACCUUCAAGCAGCACACAGCGCCUGUUACCACCGUUGAGUGGCAUCCAGACGAGGCGACGGUGUUUGCCUCAGGUGGAACUGAUGAUCAGAUUGCCCAGUGGGACCUCUCAGUGGAGGCAGAUGAGGAUGGUGAAUCUGAUAAAGAAUUGGCGGAUUUACCGCCGCAAUUAUUGUUCAUUCAUCAAGGGCAGUCUGAUGUCAAGGAACUACACUGGCAUCCACAGUGUCCUGGAAUGCUCAUUUCAACUGCGCAUUCGGGAUUCAACAUAUUUAGGACAAUAAGUGUGUAAAAUUAUAAUUUUUUAUUAUUAUGGAGUAGUCAAGGUUUUUGGGAGUUUUGACGGAAUAAAUUCCUGUUGUGAGCGAGUUGUUUUGGAAAA